AACACAUCAACCAAACACACACGAUGGGAGUGGUAAGAUGGCGGGGACCAGGCAGAUCCGGUGUGCGUGGUAAUAUGGCGACCAACUCUUCACCUGACUGGCCAAUGAGCUCUCCAGAUAUUUUACGUAGAGGUCAGUGAGAUGCAGCGGAAAACGCCAGCCAGGUGGUGGCAGUAGUGCACUGUUAAGAAGAAGAAAGAGGAGGAGGAGAAGAAGAAAAGCACCAGUCACAGCUCUGAGGGAAAGGAAAUGAAAGCCGGGGAGCUACAGACAUAUAAGACCGCUGUCUUACCCAAGUUAGCUGCCUCACCAAGCCAUGGACAGCGACUGCUUAAACCUACUGCCAUCUGUCUGUGAAGCUCUGGCCGAUUCCAAACUUUUGCUCCAUGACGACACGUCUCUGGAAAAGCUUCUUGAUUGUUUUAAAGAGCUGAUAAGGCAGAAUGACGAACAGAAUCUUCUGCCAUACCUGCCACAUCUCCUGCACUUUUUGCAGAGUGUCACAACAUCUCAAGUAGUGGAUCCCUCUGUCUUUUCAUUCUCACUCAAGCUUGCUGGGCUGCUGGCAGGUAAAGAGCACAGUUUCACCUUGCUGGAGGAGAGAGGAGUGUUGGAGUAUAUGUUUCAGCCAGAUAGUUGGCGUAUGCCAGAGCUCUGGAAAAAUUCCUCAGUACGUUAUGGGUGGUUACAGGGAUUGCGGAACAUGCUGCAACAUCAACAAUCCAUGAACCUUUUCUGCAAGAAUGGAUUCAUUAAGUUGGUCCUCCAUCUACAAAAUGACAAAGGGCUUUUCAUUACCUCUUCGACUAGUCAGAUUUUAGCACACGUUUUAAACUCCAUCACGCCAGUAGUGCUGUGCAGCAGUACUCCGAGUCAGACGCCAAACCGCGGUCCUGCCAGCGCCGACUCGGUUUCAGUUACAAAAGAAGUAAUGGCCCAUGUAGCUGCAUCAUUAGCCUCAGAGGAACAGGCUGUUGUUAUCCCAGCCUUAAGGUUGGCGGCUACAAUUCUCACCCAGUGUCGAGAACCACUCCAGGGAAUGCUUUGGAAACAUGUCGUAGGACCACUGGAAGUAUUAGCAAAUGUAAAAGAGGAUUCCUUUACCGUGCCCAUCAUGGCAGUCCUUCAUGCUGUCGCAAGGAGUCCUGUUUUGAGCCAACCAGAUUGUAGAGUGGAGACUCUGAUGGACAUCAUGUUGUUUUCAAGAAGUGCAACUGAAUCUGUGAAAUGUGCAGCGAUUAUCUUGCAAAUGGAAGACUGCCCUGAAGUUUUAAAAUGGAAAGCUACAGAUGUAAUCCUCCUCCCUCUACUGUGUGCCACUGCAUCCCCCUUACAGCUUCAUGAACCAGAUAAGCUAAAUGCCCUUGUAUCACAUUUGGAGAAGCAGCUAUCCCAGAAAGCCUUGUGUGUGUGUCUGCUCACUCAGAGCCUGUCCAGCAUAGCAGAGCAUGUUUGUAAGAAAUCAUUGGUCGAUAUUCCUGUUCAACUGAUUGCCUCUUCUGUGAUAAAACUUCUGAAAAUAUGCACUGGCGAUCACCCCUUCACUCUACUGGAAGCUGGUACAUUUCCUCAUCUUAUUGGCUGUUACAAGGUUCAGCGGUGCAGUAUCGACCUACUCGGUGGCCUCACGGUUUACACAGAGAGUGUGGACUUAAAUGAGGAGGCUUUUACUGUCCUUCUGCAGUAUCUGCAGUGUCCUGACUCUCAUGCUACAGUUUUGAAGAAAUCCUAUCAGGCCACUCUUGAAUGGCUUGGUGUCUGUUCACCGUCCUCAGAUUUAUGGAAGACAGUUCUAUGUGAGCUCUUUGAAAUAAUGAAGAAACAUGUAUGUGAUGGACGGUGGGAAGUGAGAGAUUCAACCCUGGAGUUCAUUGCACAGCUCACUGCCAAGCUCAAAGGUAAUAGUAACUAUACUGAAACUCUUCAUAGCAGUGGGAUGAUCUCCGCGCUCUUCACCUCACUGUCGGAUUUAGAAGGCUACGUCCAAGCAAGUGCAGUGGCGGCUCUUGGAGAGGCAGUUACUACAGCUGAUGUCUGUAGCAAUGUGCAGGAAAAAGCUGUGACACAUCUGUUAAGCCUUCUCUCUGAAGAUACGCAGAGCUUCCCACAUCGUGCUGUAGUGAAGGUCUUCAUUGCUUGGUUAAAAAGCCCACUUUGUUGUCCUGCUUUGGAGCAGUCUAUUAGCUCGGUGUUGUUACUCGGUGGAAACGACUUUGACUGGGAGGUUAAAGUUCAUACCCUAGAGUUAGCAGAGGUAUUGCUGGACAAAUCACUAAAUCGUUGUCCCAAGGCUUUAACCAAACUGAAGGGUUUAGGGGUGUUUGAGUUUCUGUUGAAAUGCUUAUUCGACUGCGACAGACCCGUUUCUCAGAAAGCUUGUUCACUCCUGCUUAAGCUCCGAACGUUUACGAGGGAGAUUACUCCAGCCGACCACAAAGUCCUUACUCUUGAAAUACGCAAGUACAGUUGGAGCGAGGAAAUGCUUCAUAGAUGCCUCAAAAUCCGAGAAGCAAUCGAGCUCAACUGCGUGAAAGACGGGGACGAAACAUCUUGCAGGCAGAUCGACGGAUCUCCGCCAGAUCUGUGCCGGAUAUUAGAAUUAUUAGACCUUGAGAAGAUGCAACAUACUUUAUCACUAAGUAGUGAUCAUGUCAUCAAUUCGCCCCAAUCUCUAAUGGAAGACAUUUUAUUCAUGACAAGAGAGCGUGAAGAGAAUAUUGCAGAUUGUUAUUGAAAGCGAGCGCUCAAUGCGGGGACGUGUCAUAAGCUCGGUAAUAACUCUCCAGUGUAUGAAUGAAUGUAUAUAUCUUACCGAUGAAGCCAUGUGGUGUUGUGCUCGACAUGUGUUAGCCAUGCAGAGAAACGCUUUAUAACACUCUAAAGGUUAAAUUUGCAUUUACAAAAUGUAAUGCUGUAUUAAAACUCUUUUAUGCUUGUACAUAAUAAAUGAGAAAUGUAAUACCUGGUAGUGGAAGGCGUGUGAAGAUGUCAGCUCAGAUUAUGCAAUGUCUAAUGUGAAUGGACUGAUUGGGAGUUUCCAAUCAAACAUGAUCAUUGAAGACUGUUGAAAGUGGGCUGGAAUAUGCUGGAACCUAGACCCCAAAGUUGUCACAUGAAUGAGAACACUAUUGGCUGUUGGGGGAAGAUAGUAAAGGUGAGAUACAGUUUAAUGUUAAAAACAAACAUGCAUUUGCACAUUGCCAAAAGCUAUGUUUGCCUCCUUCACGUCUUGUUUAGAAAAAAAAUUAAUAAAUCAAGUCUGUUACUA